AUGCUUGACACUGCAAAGCAGAUAUCUGACAAUCUCCUCUUCCCUAUUUACACUGAGAUGGAUGAGAAGAAACCAACUAAGGGAGAUGGCGUUGUUCAUGUUCAUCCAGACAUGAAGAAAAUCAUGAAGGAAGUUGGAGAAUCUGGUUGGAUUGUGGCACAAGAAGACUUCCAUCAUGGAGGACAGCAAAUGCCAGCUACCGUUUACAAUGCUGCCAAUUUCAUUUUCCAUUCUGCAAAUACAUCGGCAGCAUCAUAUUUCGGACUAACAAUGGGUUCUGCCGAGUUAAUUUCUGCUUUCGGCUCUAAGGAGUUGCAAGAAACUUACAUGACCAAAAUGUUUGCUGGCCAGUGGCAAGGAACAAUGGCACUUACCGAACCACAUGCAGGAAGUUCGUUAGGCGACAUCUACUCUACUGCAACUGAAACAGCAGAUGGUUCUUAUAAGAUUAAGGGCCAAAAAAUAUUCAUUUCUGCUGGUGAUCACGAUGCUGUUGAGAAUGUGGUUCAUCUAAUGUUGGCCAAGAUUGACGGUGGUCCGGCUGGGUCAAAAGGAAUCUCUCUUUUUGUUGUUCCAAAGCACAGACCCGAAAACGGAGAAUUGGUUUACAACGAUGUUUUUACGGCAGGUUUUGAAGCAAAAAUGGGAAUGAAAGGUUGCCCUGUAAUGCAUUUAGUGAUGGGAGACAAUGACAACUGCAAAGGCUGGUUGGUUGGCGAGCCGCACAAUGGUUUACGUUAUAUGUUUCAAAUGAUGAAUGGUGCCAGAAUCAGUGUUGGUAUGAUGUCUUCUGCACUUUCCUCUGCGGCAUACUAUGCAGCUCUGGAAUACGCAAACGAACGCCCACAAGGAAGAACUGUUUCAAAUCAGGACCCUUCAACUCCAAUGGAAAACAUCAUCAACUAUGCUGAUGUAAAACGCAUGUUGUUGUUCCAAAAAUCUACCAUGGAAGGUAGCUUGGCGCUUGUUUGUCAGUGUGCUAUGUAUGCAGACCUUGCCAAAGUUUCAGAAGGCGAAGAAGCUAAGAAGUACAAAUUGCUUCUCGAUUUACUUACGCCAAUGGCGAAAGCAUAUCCAUCGGAGAUUAGCGUUCAGAGUACAAGCCAAGGCAUGCAGGUUUUAGGUGGAGCAGGAUUCUGUUCUGAUUUCCCACUACAGCAGUAUUACAGAGACACUCGAAUUAAUCCAAUUUAUGAAGGAACUACUGGCAUCCAAGCUAUGGACUUAUUGGGAAGAAAAGUAACCAUGAAAAUGGGGGCUGCUGUAAUGGCGUUUGGUGCUGAACUGCAAGAGACUAUCAUGGCAGGAAUGGCAGUUGAAUCGUUGAAGCCUUACGCUACCAAGUUGGGCGGUUCUGCGCAAAAGUUCCAAGAAGUAACUAUGAAGCUUAUGGAUUUAGCACAGAAGGAAGCACCAGAAGUAUUUCUAGCAGAUGCUACACUUUACUUAGAAAAUGCUGGGAUACUAGCUGUUGCUUGGCAAUGGCUUAAGCAAGGAAUGGUGGUUGAAGCCAAACUUGCAGAAAACCCUACUGGUGAUGAACUCAAUUUUUACAAAGGAAAACAAGCUGCCUUUGAAUACUAUUUCGAGUAUGAAUUACCAAAAUCUAUUGCCCUUACAAAGCGACUUCUUAGCGAUAAUAGAUUGACCUUAAACCUUAACCCAGAAUACCUGAAUUAA